UUCAGUUGAGUUUUGGUUACUGCCGCCAACGGUUAUCGAACUGAAAGUGAGCGCGUGUCGAGCUUUUUGUGGCGUUGUUGGUUGGGCCAACUUCGUGGGCAACUGGCGAUUGGCAGCAAACAUAAACAAACGAAGUGCGAUAUUCCUCGGAAAUCAGCUAAUUGAUAUCAGGAACGAUAUGCGACGGCCAGACUUUGGCCAAAUUUGGCCUGGCCAAAAGGAAGCGGAAGCAUUCAGGCCGCAAAAUACAUUGUAAACUCCAAGGGGAAAAAUGUAACGAAUUGUGUGCGAAUAGAAGUCGAGUAAAAAAUCAAGCAACACGAAUAUAUAUAUAUAUCUAUAUAUCCUUGUGGGAGUCGUAUCCCCCGUGUGUGUGCCGGUGUGUUUGUGUGUGUGUCUCUGGGGCUGGGCAAAUAAAUGCUCUUGCUACGCUUUUUUAGCCAGUUUAUCUUAAGGCGAAAUACUGUAAAAAAUUGUAAAAUGGAUUUACGUUUCGUAUUCAUCGUUUUCCUGCUCAAGUGGACCCAUGCACAAGGAUCCCAUCCCCCGCGAAUAGUGGAGCAUCCCAUAGAUACGACAGUUCCGCGACACGAGCCAGCCACGCUUAAUUGCAAAGCCGAAGGCAGCCCCACACCCACCAUUCAGUGGUAUAAGGACGGGGUCCCCCUGAAGAUCCUGCCGGGCUCCCAUCGUAUCACCCUGCCAGCCGGCGGAUUGUUCUUCCUCAAGGUUGUCAAUUCACGUCGCGAAACAGAUGCCGGCAUCUAUUGGUGUGAGGCUAAGAACGAACUGGGCGUGGCAAGGAGUCGAAAUGCCACGUUGCAAGUGGCGGUUCUGCGCGACGAGUUCCGCCUGGAGCCGCAGAACACACGGAUCGCCCAGGGCGAUACCGCCCUGCUCGAGUGCGCCGCCCCUCGGGGAAUCCCCGAGCCAUCGGUCACCUGGAAGAAGGGCGGCCAGAAAUUGGAUUUGGAGGGCUCGAAGCGAAUACGCAUCGUUGACGGCGGCAAUUUGGCCAUCCAGGAUGCCCGGCAGACUGACGAGGGUCAAUACCAGUGCAUAGCCAAGAAUCCUGUCGGGGUGCGCGAGUCCUCGCUGGCCACGCUCAAAGUGCACGUCAAGCCGUACAUCAUCCGGGGGCCUCACGAUCAAACGGUUUUGGAGGGAGCCUCGGUGACCUUUCCCUGUCGAGUGGGUGGUGACCCCAUGCCGGAUGUUCUGUGGCUGAGGACUGCCUCGGGCGGUAAUAUGCCAUUGGAUCGCGUGAGUGUCCUGGAGGAUCGAAGUCUAAGACUAGAAAGGGUCACCAUUGCCGAUGAGGGUGAAUACAGCUGUGAGGCGGACAAUGUUGUGGGAGCCAUUACUGCUAUGGGCACCCUAACUGUUUACGCCCCCCCGAAAUUCAUCCAACGCCCUGCGAGCAAAUCCGUGGAACUGGGCGCCGAUACAUCCUUCGAAUGCCGAGCCACUGGCAAUCCAAAGCCAACCAUCUUUUGGACCAUCAAAAAUAACAGUACACUGAUAUUUCCCGGAGCACCGCCCUUGGAUCGAUUUCACAGUCUGAACACCGAAGAAGGUCACUCUAUUCUCACUCUGACCAGAUUUCAAAGAACGGACAAGGAUCUGGUCAUACUGUGUAAUGCUAUGAAUGAAGUGGCCAGCAUUACAUCAAGGGUUCAACUCAGUUUGGACUCGCAAGAAGAUCGUCCACCGCCGAUUAUAAUAUCGGGUCCGGUAAAUCAAACGCUGCCCAUCAAAUCGCUGGCCACACUUCAGUGCAAGGCUAUAGGUCUGCCGAGUCCUACGAUAUCAUGGUAUCGCGAUGGAAUACCAGUGCAGCCCAGUUCCAAGUUGAAUAUCACAACAUCUGGGGAUUUGAUCAUAUCAGACCUCGAUCGUCAACAGGAUCAGGGUUUGUACACAUGUGUGGCCAGCUCAAGAGCUGGUAAAUCUACUUGGAGUGGCUUUCUCAGAAUAGAGUUGCCCACCAACCCGAAUAUAAAGUUCUACAGAGCCCCCGAGCAGAAUAAAUGUCCCACUGCUCCGGGACAACCGAAAGUUCUGAAUGCGACCGCCUCGGCCUUGACAAUUGUUUGGCCCACUAGUGAUAAGGCAGGAGCUUCUUCAUUCCUUGGCUAUAGUGUGGAAAUGUAUUGCACAAAUCAGAGCAAAACCUGGAUACCCAUAGCAUCGCGAUUAAGUGAACCGAUUUUCACGGUGGAAAGUUUAACCCAUGGAGCAGCUUACAUGUUCAUAGUUCGGGCGGAAAACUCUUUGGGCUUCUCACCACCCUCACCCAUUUCGGAACCCAUAACGGCGGGAAAACUCGUGGGUGUGAGAGAUGGUAGUGAAAAUUCUGGAACCUCACAACUACUUCUCAGCGAUGUGGAAACCCUGCUGCAGGCCAACGAUGUGGUGGAGUUACUGGAGGCAAAUGCCAGUGACUCGACGACUGCUCGACUUUCUUGGGACAUAGACAGUGGGCAGUACAUCGAGGGUUUCUAUCUUUACGCCCGAGAACUCCACUCCACCGAAUACAAAAUGGUUACACUGCUCAACAAGGGUCAGGGACUCAGUUCCUGUACGGUGCCUGGAUUGGCAAAAGCGUCUACAUACGAGUUUUUUCUUGUGCCAUUUUACAAGAGCAUCGUAGGAAAGCCCUCAAAUUCGCGACGCAUGAGAACCCUGGAAGAUGUUCCGGAGGCACCACCCUAUGGCAUGGAAGCCAUCCAAUUUAAUCGCACCUCGGUCUUUUUGAAAUGGUUACCACCGCAACCAAAUCGGACUCGCAAUGGCAUCCUCACCAGCUACAAUGUGGUCGUCAAAGGCCUGGACGUGCACAAUACGACGCGGAUAUUCAAAAAUAUGACCAUAGAUGCGGCCACGCCCACCCUCCUCUUGGCCAACCUCACCACGGGAGUCACCUACUACAUCGCAGUGGCGGCGGCCACAAGGGUGGGAGUCGGACCCUUCAGCAAGCCGGCCGUCCUCCGCAUCGAUGCACGCACCCAAUCCCUGGACACCGGCUAUACGAGAUAUCCCAUCAGUCGUGAUAUUGCCGAUGACUUUUUAACACAGACCUGGUUUAUCGUCCUGCUGGGCUCCAUCAUUGCCAUAAUUGUGUUUCUAUUGGGCGCAUUGGUUCUAUUCAAGCGCUAUCAAUUUAUCAAGCAGACCUCGCUGGGCAGUUUACAUGGCAAUCACGCAAUCGGAACCGUGCGAAAGUUUCCGACAUUGCCGCUAAAUGGAGGCGGAGCCGUCGGUGCCGUUGGCUCAAAUUCGACAGCCACAACUGGGCAAAAUGGCCUGUGGAUCGAUCCCACCGGCGGCGUUUGGCGACAGGGUGCGGGAAAUGGCAAUGGGAAUCCGGGUGGAGCGGGGGCAAACGGCUCAUGUACGACAAAGGAGCAACUUCCGGGAUACGCACAGGCCACCGCCCAGCAGGGACAACAGCCGACGCUACUGCCCGAUUACGAGAGACUGUCGCCGCUGAAUAUGCCCGAUUAUGCGGAAGUCGCCUGCUCCACAUUCAAGAGUCCCACCCGCGGAGCACCACCUGGCAUGGGUGGCCAGUCGGCCUCCCUGUACGAUAGCUGCGGGGCCUAUGCCACCACCAAUGUGGUGGCCAAUGUGAAGCUCUACCAGAAUCGCUAUGCGACAAAACCGAACCAGAAUAGCGCCAGCAAUAACAACAAUCUACAGGGCGGUGAUUACCAAUCGACUGGGAUGUAUUCCGCACCACCGAGUGCCCACUAUGGAUGCCUGGAGCCCAAGCAGCAACAACAGCAGCCAAAUCUGAUGACAACCUCGACGGCAAGUACGGCCAUUUUGACAGCCUCGCCGGCCAAGGUGAAAAAGAUCAAUAUAACCGAGAAUCAAAUGGAUCAAUUGGAUGGCAAAUCGGAGCGUACGAAUCCGUUUAAUCAACAGCAGCAGUUACUCUUGGCCAGUAAUGCCUUGAAACAGGGUCUGGGCGCCUAUGCCAAUACCACUUUGGCGGCCCAAAUGGCCAGUGGUGGUGGGGCAGGAACCCUGAGGCGCCAGCGACAGCCCAAAACGCUUUACAAAAGCGAGAAUAAUAUAUUGGGAAAAUCGAAUCUGAGGCAGAGUAAUAUGAAUACGAAUGCUAAUACAAAUGGUUCUAGCAAUGGACCCAUGGACUUUCUAACCGGAGGUCCGCCAUCGGAGGGCGGAGAUUUCUCUGGUUUGGGUCUCUGCAAUUCCACCAAUCAACUGCUCAACGAUUGGGCUUCCAGUGCCUCGAUCGCAGCUCCCGGGGAUUAUCAUUUUGGCAGCAAACAACCCAGCAAACAACAUCUCUAUGUGAAGGCCAAGGAUGGCACUUGGUCAGCGGUCAGUUCGGAUGCCUAUCAAUCCUUCAAGCACCAGCAACAACAUCAUCCAUUCCUGGCCGGAGGAUCAGGUGACAACAACAAGUCCUUAGCUAGUGUAAACAGCUUAGCUGGCGAUAGCAAAUUCCUCAGUAGUUUUGGUUCUAGCGCCAAUGUCUAAGCCCUAGCUUAGAAAUCAACUUAAAAGCUUGGGUCAAUCGAAAAGUGCUCAAUAAGUUAGAGGAUUCCCGAAAGGAUUGUAUUAUGGUAAUAAGUGGAAGGCAUAUAUCAGUUGGCAGGUGGAAGUUGGGUUGUGGAACGUUGUGAGGGUUGGUGGGGGAUGAAAGUCUUUCAAACUUUGCUAUUUUACUCACUUGUAAUUUCAAUAUUAUUAAAUUCCACGAUCUAUAUAUCCCAUUGAUCAGAAAACAUAAACGGUAGACCCUUUCACUUAUCUCCUUAAAAACCAACCCAUAGCUCUAUUAGACUUCCACCUACCAAAAGAAAAUCCCCAAACCGAAAAACAACAACGAAAUGUGUGUAAAGAAAUACAAAAAACCCCCGAAAGAUUGGCUUGUAAAUAAAUUUUCCCUAACUAUAUCCUAUAUAUAAAACCGUAACCCCGUAAAGCAUUUAGAUUAUUGCAUUUGGAGCAAGCAAAAAAAAAUAUAUUAUUAAUUUUCUCAAGAAACCAGAAACCAUCUCAAAAUAGCACAGAAGUAGUUCAAGUAAGUACAGCAAGAGAAAUCUUUAAAAGUUAGUAGCAAAACCUUUCGAAGUUUUGCAGAAAGUGUUCCCACAGAUAAGAAAACCAAAUGUUAAAGCCAAAACGAGAAUACCCAACCCUAACGAGAAAAUAUUACUUAGAGUUAUAUAAACAAAGCACGAUGCAAUUAGUUGUGUGUUGGUAAAAUUAUAAAAAACUCACCUCCCGCAAGAAAAGCUAAGUAAAUGCUAAUAAUAAGGCUGUUAAAUGUAAAAUAUCAUAAAUGAUUGAGGAAUGAAUGACUAAAUCUACAUUUAAACCAUGUAAUUAAAGCAUUAAAAUGUAAUUAACUGACACUAGAUUUAGUUUGAAUAGCUAAAACCGGGAAACCGCAAAGAGAGAAAAGCGAAAGUGGAAGGAUUACAGCAAAUAUGGGGAUUUAGCUG